AUGCCAUCCCACACCAAGUUCCUUAAAAAAAUUCUUUCGAAGAAAAGAAAGCUGAAAGACUAUGAGACUGUUGCUCUUACAGAGGAAGGCAGUGCCAUACUGCAAAACAAGCUACCACCAAAGCUGAAGGAUCCAAGAAGCUUCUCCAUACCUUGUCUUAUUGGCAACAUGACUAUAGACAAGGCACUCUGUGACCUAGGUGUAAGUGUAAGUCUAAUACCACUGUCAAUAUGUAAGAAGCUGAAUGUAGGAGAGCUUAAAUCUAUAACAAUUUCACUGCAACUGGCUGACUGGUCUAUAAAGUACCCUAUGGGCAUCUUAGAUAACGUCACUAUUAAGGUGGAAAAGUUCUUCAUCUCAGUUGAUUUUGUUGUUUUGGAAAUGGAGGAAGACGUUCAAAUUCCUAUCAUCCUAGGAAGACCUUUCUUAGCAACCGUCGGAGCCAUCAUAAAUGUUAAGAAUGGGCGGUUAACUCUCAAGGUAGGAGAUGAAGAAGUGGAAUUCAACCUAUUUAGAAUGAUGAAGCACAAACUUGAACCUAAUGAAUGCUUAAAGGUUGAUAUAGUUAACAAGAUAGCUGAAGAGGAAUUCCAUAAAGCACAUCUUGAAGAUCCUCUUGGAGCAUGCAUAUUGCACAGCCAAAUAGUAGAUAAUGAGGACAUAGAAAUUGUAGCUUAUGCACAAUCUUUAACAGCCAAUCCACCCCUACCUCAGCUCAAGCUUUCAAGGUGGAAAUGCUAA